UAGGUAGAGUAUGAAAAAAUAAGGAGUAAAAAUGUUUUUUAGUAGAAAUGAGAAAAACUUUUGGAGACAUAGUUUUUUGAAACAUGAAUGUCUUUUUGUGAUGGAAGAAGUAGUCAAUGAAAACAUACAAAUUAACAAAAGUUAUUAAUAAGAGAGAAAAAAAGAUUGUAAUCUAUUUGGGGACAAAAAGAAUAUAUUUUAACGUACCUCGGCGAUAUGCAAUUUGACGGCAGCUUUAACGAGGAUAGAGGUCAUGUGGGAGGCGUAAACAGUGGGGCUCAAUAACGCCGCCGACCUCACUUUGUCCACGCCCACAUUCCCCUCCGCCAGCGCUGCCAAGCAUAACAAGCUCCCCUGCAUCCACGCACCGCCCAAUGCCGCGCGCAUCAUGGAUAUGUACAUACUAAUAGAAGUCCGUGCUGAAACAAGACGGGAGGGCGGUUUUUAGUUGGACUGGGAGGGUCACGGCGGCGGCGGCGGCCUAAGCGCCCGUGAGACGGGACGAUGUUGGGGUCCUUGCCCAUAUUGCCCCUCCCACCCGCUACUGAAGAUGGGAAUCUUGGCCCAUUGCCUCCAUCUCAGCUUACAGAAGAAGAUAGCGAUGGCAUUAAGGAACUGAAGGAUGAGGAGGAGAAGAACAAAAAUAAUUCAGCUCCAGUUUCAGUUGCGACCCAUACAAGAACUAUUGGAAUCAUUUAUCCACCUCCUGAUAUCAGAAGCAUUGUGGAUAAGACAUCUCAGUUUGUUGUUAAGAAUGGCCCUGAUUUUGAGCGAAGGAUUAUUCAUAGCAAUGCAGGAAAUGCAAAGUUCAAUUUUUUGAACCCCUCUGAUCCUUAUCAUGCUUACUAUCAGCACCGUUUAUCUGAAGGUCGCGCGCAGAGCCUGGCUUCUGCUCAACAGCCGUCCGACUCAGAUACUCCAGAGUCAGCCCCUUCUGCACCUGCAACUGAUGAUGUUGAUGCUGCAGCAAAGCCGGAUCCUUCUGCACCAUUCCGGCCUGUUCGCAAGGUUCUUGAACCACCUGAAGCAGAGCAGUAUACUGUUCGGCUACCUGAAGGCAUCACUGGGGAGGAAUUGGAUAUCAUAAAGCUUACUGCCCAGUUUGUAGCAAGGAAUGGGAAGUCUUUCCUUACAGGGAUGACCAGUAGAGAGAUCAAUAACCCCCAGUUUCAUUUUUUAAAGCCCACCCAUAGCAUGUUUAUGUUUUUCACUUCACUGGCUGAUGCAUACUCAAAGGUCCUAAUGCCACCUAAAGCAUUGACUGAUAAACUGAGGAAGAGUGCUGCCGACAUGACAACUGUUCUUGAAAGGUGCCUAAAUCGAUUGGAAUGGGAAAGGUCAGAGGAGCAAUCAAGACAGAAAGCAGAAGACGAGAUUGAACAAGAAAGACUGCAAAUGGCUAUGAUUGAUUGGCAUGAUUUUGUUGUGGUUGAGACUAUAGACUUUGCAGAUGAUGAGGAUCAGGAUUUGCCCCCUCCUAUGACCCUUGAGGAGGUUAUAAGGAGAAGCAAGAUAUCAUCUAUGGAUGAGGAAGAAGAAUUUGUUGAGCCAGGGAAAGAGGUAGAAAUGGAGAUGGAUGAAGAGGAGGUUCAGCUUGUUGAAGAAGGCAUGAGAGCCACUACCCUUGAGGAGAACCCUGUCCAAAAUUCUGAAGUGAAAGCAAUUACAGAGGAUCAGGAGCCACCUAUGAGAAUUGUGAAGAACUGGAAAAGGCCGGAAGAAAGGAUGCUCUCAGAACGAGACCCAACGAAGUAUGUCAUCUCUCCUAUAACUGGGGAGAUGAUUCCAAUCAGUGAGAUGUCUGAACAUAUGAGGAUCUCUCUUAUCGAUCCUAAAUACAAGGAGCAGAAGGAGAGAAUGUUUGCCAAGAUUAGGGAUACAACCCUUGCUCAGGAUGAUGAAAUUUCUAGAAAUAUUGUUGGGCUUGCUAGGACACGUCCUGAUAUUUUUGGUACCACCGAAGAAGAAGUAUCGAAUGCAGUCAAGGCUGAGAUUGAGAAGAAAAAGGAAGAACCAAAGCAGGUCAUAUGGGAUGGUCACACUGGCAGCAUUGGUCGCACAGCCAGCCAGGCAUUGUCCCAAAACAGCACCGAAGACCAGUAUGAUUUUGUAAAUGAUUCUAGGAAUCUUCCUGGCCCUCAAGCACCACCUCCUCCCAGGCCUGGAUUGCCAUCAGUUCCACCACUUCCUCCGCCGCCUAGCCUAGCACUAAACAUUCCUCGCCCGCCUAAUAGUUACCCUUAUCCAACCCCCGGUAACCCUGGUGUUAUUGUCCAAACAAUUCCCAGGCCUCCUGUGAUGAACACAAUCCCACAAGUGCAACCUCCACCCCCUACCAUCUCACCCAUGCCUGGGCAACAUCUUAUGGUAAACCGUCCCCCAAUGCACACGUCUAUGUCCAUCAAUGCUCCAAACAUUUCAUUACCACCACCACAUGGUUCACAAUUUACACCAAUGGGCCCUCCUCGACCCUUUGUUCCCUAUCCAAUGUCCCAGCCUGGAAUGAAUGUGAUUGCACCACCUCCAAUGCCGCCCCAUGGAAUGCCCCCACCGCCUCCAUCUGAGGAAGCUCCACCGCCGCUCCCUGAGGAACCAGAGCCUAAAAGGCAAAAGCUUGAUGAAUCUGUACUAAUUCCUGAAGACGAGUUUCUGGCUAAGCAUCCGGGACCUUCCCGAGUCAGCAUUACUGUACCAAAUGUUGAUGAAGGAAAUCUCAAAGGGCAGAUAUUGCAAAUUUCAGUGCAAUCCUUGUCAGAAACUGUUGGCAGUUUGAAGGAGAAGAUUUCUGGCGAGAUUCAGCUUCCUGCAAAUAAGCAGAAGCUGAGUGGAAAGGCUGGGUUUCUCAAGGACAAUUUGUCACUUGCAUAUUACAAUGUUUCCCCUGGAGAAGCACUUAAUCUCUCACUCAGGGAACGAGGUGGCAGAAAGAGAUGAAUAUCAAUCAAUAGUUUUCGAGGCAAUUAAGAGCUGCUCCCUUUCAGGCUAGCCGAGGUUUCUUUAAUCUCUGCAUUGAAAAACAUCUCAUUCAGUUCAACUCUAAUAAUGUGGUAUACGUUUUCUUGUUUAUGACUUUUUGGAAGAAUCACUUUCUUAGCAUGCGGUGCUGAGAACUAUACUUUGGAAUGAGGUUUGUUUCAGUAGGGCCUAUGAGCACUCCUAAGUAUAAUGCGCAGCCCACACACAAACACAUAUAAACAGUGUUUAUGUGGUAUGCUCUUCAAAAGCAGUUUCACACACACUCAUAAACGGUUUCAUCCUCUCCAGGUGCUCCGCUGGCAGAUUCCCCAAACCAUUACACCAUGUACAAGAUACUUCGAUACCCAUGUCCUUGGAGCGUUCUCAUGUGUCAAAAGAGAAGACAAAGCUCGUGGCACACGUGUAGACAUCCUCUCGACUACCAUUUGGAUUGAUGUCCUCUUCCCCCGCAGUGGGUGAGAGCCUUUGAGGCACAGGGGUAAUGUUGUUGUUCCACUUAUGUAUGAAUGAACAACCCUACCACCAAUGGCACAAUGAAGAUAAUCACAGACUUGGUUUGUCAGGAAAUCUUUUGGGUCAUGUCUUCUAUUUGCUCUCACUCAGAAAUGCAUCAUCCGCUGCCUCAGUUUUCCCCUUAUUAGCUACCACCUAUUCUAUACAACACCAAAUAACAAGUAAAACAAUAACCCAGUUGGAUCCGACGAAAGUAAGAUAUUGGACGAAAGUAGGGUUUGGGCUAUGCAAUACCAAAUAAUGAAUAGUAGUCCACCAU